AUGGCCAAGUCCAAGACCCACACCACGCCCAACCAAUCCCAGAAAUGGCACAGAAACGGCCUCAAGGAACCCCAAUCACAUCCAUAUGAACCUCUUAAGGGGGCGGACCCCAAGUUCCUGAGGAACGUGUGCUUGGUGAAGAAGCACAAGAAGAAGGACCUGAAGACACUGCAGGCCCACAAUGCCAAGGCCACGGACGCUCACGCCGAGGCGCUUAUGAAGCCCACGGAGGUCAAGGCUAAGAUCCCAAUGGCUGUCAACCAUAAGCCCGGUCAACUAGCCUACAUUGCCCAUGCCAAGCUAGGCAAGCAGUCUGAGGCUCUGCCAGCCUCCGGCUCAAGCUCCCAGAGGUGUCCAGGCUCCCACAAAGUAGAGUUCGCCAUCUGA